UCCCCAUUCGGCUGACGGUCACACACCCUGGCACUUGGCAAAUCGUCCCUCGCUUGGAAGGAAGUUGAUGCCAUUUUUCUACCCUCCAGUCGCUUCUUUUUAACUUAAAACUCGACGGAACGUCUUCCAAACGGACUGGAUUGAGGUGGACCACAAAGAACGUGACAGGAUUGUGACAUACGAAUCAUGAUCGUCUGGGUACUGACGGCACUGGCUCUGGUGAUAUCCUACUUGGCUUUUAGGAAACCGCGAGAUCUCCCGCCAGGACGAUGGGGCUUGCCAGGGAUUGGAUACAUACCUCUGUAUACCAGAGACAAAUCUAAAAUGAUCAGAGAUUUCAGAAAUCAGUUCGGCAAUAUAUUUUUAUGGAAGCUUGGCACUCACGUCACUGUUGGUCUGUGUGACUACCACCUGAUCAAGACCACUUUCUCCAGACCAGAGUGCCAGGGGAGACCAGACUUCAUCAGUGUAUACGAGCACAAUUUCCAAGAGAAAAAUAAAGGUCUCAUCAUGUCAGUCGGUGAUGUGUGGAAGGAUGGCAGAAGGUUUGCCCUUCGUCACCUGAGGGACUUUGGAAUGGGGAAAUCCUCAAUGGAGGGAGUGAUACUACACGAGGCGAUUUCAUUAGCCAAGAGUUACGAUGACACCGUUGGGAAACCCGUGGAGUUCUCCUGGAAUCUCAAUGUGGCUGUGCUGAACGUCAUCUGGAAACUGGUGGCAGAUAAGAGAUAUGACCCCAAAGACGAGAAAAUCAUGAAGUUCAGUGAGAUGUUAGCAGCAGACCUCGAUGCAAUUCAAGGUCCCAUCCUCAUCCUCGACAUGUUUCCAGCACUGUUGCGCAUCCUGCCAGAGUCUUUAUUAAAUAGAUGGACGAAGUUGAAUCAGCUACGCGAGCACGUGGCUGAGUUCAAGUCUUUCUUUGAGGAUAUUAUUCAAGAACAUGAGAAGACAUUUGACCCAGAGAAUCCAAGGGAUUACAUAGAUGCAUACCUCAAAGAGAUGCAGAUGGAGGCAGGGAAUAAAAGCACAAUUUUUCAAGAAAAUCGUAUAAACCUCAUAUCGUCGGUGACCAGCCUAUUCAGAGCAGGGAGCGAGACCACCUCCUCCACUAUUAGGUGGAUGGUGGCCCUCAUGGCCGUCAAUCCGGAUAUCCAGAGGAAGAUGCAGAAGGAAAUAGAUGAAGUGUUCCCUGGGGACGAAGCGCCUUCUCUUGAACGCAAGGAUAAAAUGCCCUUCACGGAAGCGGUACUGCUGGAGGUGCACAGAUUUGUAUCACUCUUGCCCGUAGGUCUACUUCAUACAGCUACAGAGGACAUCACAGUUGCUGGCUACCGCAUUCCCAAGAACACCGUGAUGUUCGCCCACUCGGAGAGCUGCCACCGAGACCCGAAGUACUGGAAGAAACCCAACGACUUUUACCCGGAGCACUUCCUCGACGAGGACGGCAAACUGUUGACAAUAAGGGAGGGAUUUCUGCCCUUCUCGCUGGGCCGUCGUCAGUGCCUCGGCGAGAGCCUGGCCAAGAUGGAACUCUUCCUGUUCGCCACCUGUCUCUUCAAGAGGUUUUUCUUUUCGGCCGCCGAGGGCUCGCCCAUCCUGACGGAGUCCGAUCCAGCGAACCUGAUACUCAGGUGCAUCAGGCCUUACAAGGUCGUCAUGGAGAGGAGGGAGUGACAGGGGCCGAGGACAAGAAAAGGGAAAGUAAUGGAGCUUUAUGAUUUUCCUCUGUAUUUAUCAAACAACCACCCGCCUCUCUCUCUCUCUCUCUCUCUCUCUCUCUCGCAAAGCUCAGAGUGAUAAUAUCUUUAAUGUCCUUUUCGACUUAAACAUCUAAAAACACAGAGCCUUUAUAACUUAAAAAGAAGACAUAGUCACUUGUAAAAUAAAAGGCAUUUGAAGUUUAACAGGAACAGCAAAUCAAAUGCAAAGAAACGGCCGAAAAAAUUAACAAAGAAACUGAUUAGGCACCAGUAAGAAAAGCAAAUAAAGAUAUCGAAAUAAAAGUGAAAGU